AUGGCUCAACAACGGGUGAAUGUCCACAUUCCCUCGCAACCCCCGGUGCUGGAUAGCGUACGACUCCGAGACAUAGAGCUGCCAUUACCCAUCGGACCGGACCCAUGGCAUCGCACGGGAAAACCACAGCCUUGUACCGCGUCCCUGAAGCUAUCCUAUUCCUCCGCCGUGGCAGCCGCCAUCGCCGACGACGUCUCUCUUUCCCUGGAUUACGGGAAACUCUACCGUCGUCUGGAAGAGGAUAUCCGCCACCUAGGACAGCGGGGCGAGGCUCCCGGGCAGCGAAUGAUCAGCGUGGAAGGUAGUCGACGAGAAGAGAUGAUGCGGAAUGAGCUUGGACAGGAUAUGCGCUUGACGGCGGGCAUUAUAGCAAGUUGUGGUCUGGGACUUCUGGAUGAGACAGCCGCCGGUGUUAGACGCAUGUCCCAUGUGCAUGUGCAUCAGGGCGUCAGGAGAGGCAGUGGGUCAGGUGGUCAUGCCGGGCCGGGGAAUUUCAACUUCAGUCCCCCAGGUAUGUCAGUCUCUCCGAUUGAGAGCGUAUACGGGGAAUGUGAAGUUUGGUUGCAUCUGCCCAAGGCCUUGUUGCGCGCCGACGAAGGUCUGAAGUACCGUAGCGUCACGGUGUGGGGGUAUAAGCAGAGGGCAGAUAGUACUCCAGGGGAGGCAGAUGAUCCAGAACGGUGUCCGGUGGUCCUGGAGGAGGAGUUCCGAAUCGACGGGAUUAGAUGCUACUGUAUCUUGGGAGUCAAUUCCCAUGAGAGGGUGGAGAAGCAGGCUGUGAUCAUCUCGCUAGAGUUCAAAGGUCCCGGUCAGCUCGCAUGGGGGUCAACUGUGGUGGACACUUAUCAAGCCAUGACAAGGAAUAUUGCAGAGCGAGUGGAGGGCACAUCAUUCCAGACCGUCGAGGCGCUGGCAACUUUUGUCGCGCGCAUCGUGACGAUGGAGUUCUUCAAUGAACGUGUAACAGUGACAGUCGAGAAACCCAGUGCUCUUCCCUUUGUCGAGAGUUCAGGCGUCGUGAUCACCCGGUCUCAGGCAUUCUUUGAGCGUCUUGAAGUCGAGGGAGGGAGGCCUUGA